AUGAUGUGUAAUGGUCCAGAUAACUCAGAAGCUUGUGCCACUCCAGACAGUGACCAUGACCAGGAAUGGGCACAGGAACACUACCGACUGGGAACUUUUGUUGAAUUUCCUCCUGCAUGCCCAGUUUCGGCGUCAGAACUGGCACGAGCUGGCUUUGUUUAUACUGGAGAAGGUGACAAAGUGAAGUGCUUCAGUUGCCAUGCGACAAUGGAAGGAUGGGCAUCUGGGGAUUCUACAGUUGAGAGGCACAAAAGGCUUUCCCCAAAUUGCAGAUUUAUUACCGAGUCUGCUUUCCUGGAAAAUAACGUAGAUCCUGGCACCCAGAACUACCAGCAUAGAACUGAAAAUGGUUCCAGCAGUUCAGCUGUCCUGUGUGCUCUGGAUGACCCUUCCGAUGUGGAUGCAGAUUGCCUUUUGAGAACUAGACAGGUUGUGGAUAUGUCAGAUAGUUUGUAUCCUAAAAACCCUGCUAUGUGCAGCGAAGAAACGAGAUUAAAGUCUUUCCACAGUUGGCCUUUCAGCGGCCAGUUGACACCAAAGGAAUUAGCUAGUGCUGGAUUCUAUUACACAGGUGUUGGUGACCAAGUGGUAUGUUUUUGUUGUGGUGGAAAACUGAGUAAGUGGGAACCCAGUGACAGAGCCUGGUCAGAACACAAGCGGCAUUUUCCCAAAUGCCUUUUUGUCCUGGGCCGCGAGGUUGGAAAUGUUCCAAGUGAUGCUGAGCUUGGCCUGAGCAAUGCAGAGCAUCCAAGGAAUCCAUCUAUGGCAAAAUAUGGAAGACGAUUACAAACAUUUUUAUCUUGGAUAUAUCCUGUUGAUAAGGAGCAACUUGCUGAAGCUGGGUUCUAUAGCAUAG